AUGCAUCAUCUAACUCUUACUUGGCCAGCAGCUCAAAAACUAAUCAGAUCUAAGCAAGUUUUUAUAGUGAAGGACCCUAACUAAAUAAAUGAAUUCCCAGAGGACAAUGUUCCUAAUGAAAGUAGUGAGGAUAAUGUAAAAGAGGAGGCUAAGAAGAAAUCUUAGUUUGUAUUUAGAGAUGCAAAGUAUAAAAUUUAAGAAGGUGAUAGGCUAUGCUACCCUAAAACUGUAGAUAAAGAAGCUAUUCAAUCAAAGUUGCCAGAAGUCAUUGACAAGAAGAAGGAGAAUUAGGCUAUUAAGAAAAUCAAAGACAUGAUUCAAUUUGAAAACGAGCAUAUCAUAGUCAUCAAUAAGGAUCAUGGAGUGCCAUCAUAAAUGGGCUCAGGCUUAAAUGAUGAUAAUUCUAGUCACUUUUCAAUCGAUACAAUGCUGUAGUAUUAUUGUCCAGAUAGUGAGGACUUGUUUAGUGGGGGAAGACUCAUUCACAGACUAGAUAGGAAAACAAGUGGGCUUAUGGUCCUAGCUAAAAACAAAGAAAUGGCUAAGGUACUUGGGGAUAAGUUCAAGUAAAGAUAAAUAUACAAAGCUUAUUACGCCCUCAUUUGUGGAAUUCCCUCUAUUCCAAGAGCUAUAGUUAGAUAAUCGUUUGAUAAGAAGGAAGUUCUUUGGGAGAUUGAAACAUUAGACAAGCAUCGUAAUAUUUAUAAAAGCCCUGAUUAUUCGCAGCAUAUUGAGGGGGCUAAACUAGAUAUGAUUUCUAAGUAUGAAGUGCUUUCAGUUUCUCAGCUUGCAGCAGAUUAAUGGAUCAAUAGACCCUAGAGUGAGAUUUACAGAAGUAAAAUUCCAAUUGUAUCUCCAGAGUAAUACAGUUAUGUCAAAUUUGAGAUUGAGACAGGUAAAAAGCACUAAAUUAGACUUAUGUGCAACUAUGCUUUGUAAAAGCCAAUAUUUGGAGACGAUAAAUAUGGCUAUGAUCAAGAGAAGCAUUCUAAUAUCUUGCAAAAAUAGGUAAAUGUAUCAAGUAUAUUGGGUAAGCAGAGUAUAAUGCUUCAUGCUGGAUAACUUGAAAUACCAAUUGAUCCUGAGUGCAAGGAAACUAUGCAGUUUACAGCAGAACUUAAGGGGAACAUGGAGAGCUUAUUAGAUACCCUGCACAUUCCAAAGAUUUACUAUGUCUGA